AUGCAUGGCCACAUGUUACGGAAAGAGGAGGAUGCACAGGCGGAACCAUACUCUGCUGCCUCACGGCAUGGGUGGGGCAGCAUGGCGGAAGCAGAGGUGAGUUGUGAGACGUCAGGAAGGGGAGAGACGUCGCAAGUGAAGGGUGAGGAGCGUGAGGAGGGUGAGGGCAAGGAUGGCAAGGAGGAGGUGGUGGCAGAAGCACAGGUUGAGGCGCUGUUCUUAAGGACACAGCACUGGGAGGCGCUGCUUGUGGGGAGGAGGGGCGGAGGAGAGGCAGUGCUGGACGAGGGGCAUGGACACCACAGGUAUGCCUUGGCACUGCCGCCAGCCCUCGCACCCGUGCAGCAAGUUAACAGGCCGGGUUUAGAUGGGGUGAAGGAGGGGCGGUGGCGGAAAGACAUUGCUUGA